AUGACUAGUUUGAAACGUUCAUACGCGGCCGACAGCGCCGCCCCGAACUUGUCGAGCAAGGUCUACAUUCGCUCCACCAAGAGUGGCAAGGUUCAGAAAAUUGUUCGCGAGCUAUACUUGCGCGAAGAUAUUCCUUGCUCGUCAAGGUUAUGUGCUCACUGCCUCGAGAUUGCUCCUACCGACUAUCACAAUAAGACCGCUCCGUUUGUGCUUUCUGAGACUCCCGCUGGAACAAAAUCAUUUCCCAAUGGCCAUUACAUAAUCCCGGAUACGAAUGCUUUCCUCACUGGAAUGGAUCUUUUUGAGCUCGAAACCGCGUUCCAUGAUGUAAUUGUUCUACAGACUGUUCUGGAGGAAGUCAAGAACCGCUCGCUUCCUCUCUAUCACCGCCUCAUUAGCUUGACCAAGAACGACGGCAAGCGAUUUUACGUUUUCUUCAACGACUUCAGACUUCAGACCUAUGUUGUUCGCGAGGACAAGGAGACCAUCAACGACAGAAACGACCGUGCUGUUCGCCGCGCCGUGAAGUGGUAUGCCGAACAUCUGGAAGAAGCUGUCAGCAAGCGCAAAUCCGUCAGAUGCCCUUCUGUAGUGAUGCUUAGCGACGACCGUGACAACUUGCGAAAGGCGAAGCUUGAUGGUAUUACCGGUAUCUCAUUGCGCGAAUACGUUUCUGGUCUGGACGAUGCAGAACGUUUGUUGGAUAUGGUCAGCACUGGACACGAACAGAGAGUUGGCAAGCAGACCAAGGGCGAGCUUCUUUAUCCCGAUUACCUUUCGGUCUCCAAGAUGAUCACUGGUGUCAAGGCUGGUACCAUGCACCAAGGAACCUUCAACGUAUCACCCUACAACUAUCUGGAAGGAUCUGUCUUCGUCCCGGCAUUCGACAAGCCUCUGCUCAUCAUUGGUAGAGAAAACAGCAACAGAGCCAUCUCUGGAGAUAUUGUGGUGGUCGAGGUUCUGCCCAAGGAUCAGUGGAAGGCUCCCUCAUCAAAGAUUCUGGAAGAAGAGGUCGUGAACAAGAACGACAAUGCUGAUGCAGAUGAGGGUGAGGCUGUCAUCACACAACAGGAGAAGCGUGCGCUGCAAGAAGAGGUCAAGAAGACACACGGAAAGAGUGCUGAAGGCAGACCACAGCCCACUGCUCGCGUAGUCGGCAUUAUCAAACGCAAUUGGCGCCAAUACGUUGGUCAUGUUGACAAGGACUCGGUCAAGUCAUCAACGAAGCAGAGUCGUGCACAGCAGACCGUCUUCCUAAUUCCCAUGGACAAGCGCAUCCCGAAGAUCCGCAUUCGUACCCGCCAGGCUGGAGAUCUUCUUGGCAAGCGUCUGUUGGUGACCAUCGACGCUUGGGACAGAGAGUCGAGAUAUCCUGUCGGACAUUUCGUUCGUUCGCUGGGAGAGCUCGAGACCAAGGGUGCCGAGACCGAGGCACUACUGCUGGAAUGGGACGUACAGUACCGACCCUUCCCCAAGACCGUUCUGGACUGUUUGCCCUCUGAGGGCCACGACUGGAAAGUGCCCGAUAGCAUGUCCGACCCUGGUUGGAACAAGAGAAGAGAUCUGCGUGAUCUCCUGAUCUGCAGUAUCGACCCUCCUGGUUGUGUUGAUAUCGAUGAUGCUCUCCACGCUAGAACACUACCAAACGGCAACAUUGAAGUCGGUGUCCACAUUGCUGAUGUUUCCAACUUUGUCAAACCAAACAACGCCAUGGACCAAGAAGCCAGUCUGCGUGGUACAACAGUAUACCUCGUCGACAAGCGUAUUGACAUGUUGCCUAUGCUGCUCGGAACCGACUUGUGCUCACUAAAGCCCUACGUCGAGCGUUACGCCUUCUCCGUACUUUGGGAGCUCACACCUGACGCCGAUAUCGUACGCGCUGACUACACCAAGUCUGUCAUCAAGUCGAGAGAGGCUUUCGCCUAUGAACAAGCUCAGAUUCGUGUCGACGACCAAUCACAACAAGAUGACCUCACCAACGGCAUCCGUAUGCUCAUGAUGCUGUCAAAGAAGCUGAAGAAGAAGCGUAUGGAUGCUGGUGCCUUAAACCUGGCCAGUCCCGAAGUGCGUGUUCAGACUGAGUCAGAGACCGCCGAUCCUGCCGAUGUGCAGACGAAACAGCACCUCGACACCAUGUCUUUGGUUGAAGAGUUCAUGCUUCUCGCCAACACUAGUGUCGCUGCUCGCAUCUACGAAGCCUACCCUCAAACCGCACUGCUACGUCGCCACGCCGCUCCUCCCAAGACAAACUUCGAAGAGCUUUCCAACCAACUCCGCGUCAAGCGCGGAAUGGAGCUACGAACAGACAGCUCUAAGGCUCUCGCAGACUCACUAGACACCUGCGUCGAUCCCGCAGAACCCUUCUUCAACACCCUCGUCCGCAUCAUGGCCACCCGCUGCAUGAUGUCCGCCGAGUACUUCUGCUCCGGCACCCAAGCAUACCCCGAGUUCCGUCAUUACGGUCUCGCCUCCGAAAUCUACACUCAUUUCACCUCCCCCAUCCGCCGUUAUGCCGAUCUCGAAGCUCAUCGUCAGCUCGCCGCCGCCAUCGACUACGAACCCCUCGACGCUUCUCUGCUUUCCAAGGCCAAGCUCGAAGGCGUGUGCAAGAACAUCAACGUCCGUCACCGUAAUGCACAGAUGGCCGGUCGUGCCAGUGUAGAGUACUAUGUCGGACAAGCACUCAAGGGCCGCAUUGUAGAUGAAGACGGCUUCAUCAUGCGUGUCUUCUCCAACGGCUUUGUCGUCUUCGUGCCUCGCUUCGGUAUCGAGGGUCUCAUCCGUCUGCGCGAUCUCGCCACCCCUGAACCAGAGUCGGAAUUCGACACUGAGAAUUACGUGCUCAAGAUCAAGGGUGAGGGCAUUGAUAAGAGUGUUGAGCUCUUUGAGAAGGUCAAGGUUAGAAUUUGUGACGAGGCUGAGGAGAGUACUGGAAAGAGAAAGGUCAAGCUUUCACUUUUGUAG